CAUUUUGGGAUUUGUAGUUUUACUUGUCCUCACGCAUUCCCACCUGACCGGUGCGAUCAGUACCACUUCAAAUACAGGUGUUUAGUACUGGGCCAGUGGCGCAAUGGAUUACGCGUCUGAUUACGGAUCAGAAGAUUCAAAUACAGGUGUUUGACAGGCUGUACAGCUAUCAGCUGGGCUGACCAUGGCCCUUUCUGUGGAGACGGAGUCGCACAUCUACCGAGCUCUGCGCACUGCCUCUGGGGCUGCAGCCCACCUUGUGGCCUUGGGCUUUACCAUCUUUGUGACUGUACUUGCCAGACCUGGCUCCAGUCUAUUCUCCUGGCACCCUGUUCUUAUGUCUCUGGCUUUCUCCUUCCUGAUGACCGAGGCUCUCCUGAUGUUUUCUCCGGAGAGUUCACUGCUGCGUUCCCUCUCACGGAAGGUCCGAGCACGCUGCCACUGGGUGCUUCAGCUGCUAGCCCUACUCUGUGCCCUGUUGGGUCUAGGGCUUGUCAUCCUCCACAAAGAGCAGCUUGGCAAAGCACACCUGGCCACCCGACAUGGGCAGGCAGGGCUGUUAGCUGUGCUGUGGGCAGGUCUGCAGUGCUCAGGGGGCGUGGGGCUGCUCUACCCCAAGUUGCUGCCCCGAUGGCCCCUGGCAAAGCUGAAACUCUACCAUGCCACUUCUGGGUUGGUGGGCUACCUGCUGGGUAGUGCCAGCCUCCUGCUGGGCAUGUGCUCAUCCUGGUUUACUGCUGCUGUCACUGGUGGUGCUUGGUACCUGGCUCUGCUGUGCCCUGUCCUCACCAGCUUGGUAAUCAUGAACCAAGUGAGCAAUGCCUACCUAUACCGCAAGAGGAUCCAACCAUGACCUUCCCAGAUACCAGGAAGCCUGGAUUUGCACCUCAGCAUAGGACCUGGGGCUAGAAACCUGCUUGACCCUCUGUCAGGGAACAUUCAGGUACUAGGGCACUCGGGUAGAUGGGUGACAUUUCUGCUCCUGUGCUGGAGUGCCCUCCCUUUUCUUGCUAUCAGCUCAGGGGAGCCCGAAUCAUGUGUCUGAUGAAGUUGGGGUUGCAACACUGUCUCCCCAGCCAUACAGCUUAGAUUUGUAUUGGUAUGUCCAGAAUCACAGAUGAAAAAAGUAAAAUAAAGAGAAAACUGAAAAUAACGAAAAACAAACUGGAAAGACUAUGGGAGGAGCAGUGCCACUGGGAUGGUUCUCGCUGAUGCCAUCAACAUGAGACUAUGGGCAGCAGGUGAGGCGGGGACCCCUGCAAAUGGUGGCGUUCUCCCAGAACCCUGCCUCUAAGCUUCCUGCGACACCCACACCCAGUGUGUUAGUAGGCGGCAGGUGCACAGCACAGCUGUUUCCAGCGAAGUCCUGGAGUCUGGGAACAUGGUUAGCUCAGUGGAGGGAGGGAGACUGUUUCCACAGGUUUCCUGCACAGGGCACAACUUAGAGUUGAACCAAGGUUAGUUACGGUGGCAGGUGGAUCUCUGUGAGUUCAAGACCAACCUGGUCAACGAAGCCAAAGCUAUAAUAAUAGACCCUUUCUUGAAAAAAGAAAGUUGAAUCAUAAACAAGAAAAACUUUCCUUUUGAUUUCAGACAAAGUUUCCCACCUCCCAUGUGGGCUUUGAACCUGCUGUGUGGCCAAGGAUGAUAGCUCAACCUCAGAUCCUCCUGCCUCCACUUCUGAGCACUGGGCUAACAGUGUAAGCACACAUACCAUGUGUAUGUGUACCCUCUAACGCGGUGCUGGGACUCAAACCAGAGCUCUGUAAGCACUAAACAAGUGCUCCUACCGACUGAGCGCCACCUUCAGCCUCAGGUUUUUCUUUGAGAUAGGGAUUAUAGGUGUUUGCCACCAUGCCCUGCCUAAGACAACUUAAGAUGGAGAGGACUUCAGCUGUCAAGUCCUCUUGCACAGGGCCUUCCUAAUAGACUGAG